AUGGGUCCUCUGCCGAUCGUGACGCAGCUCCCAAUUGAGGUUGCCAGCACCGACAGAGCGUUAUAUAGGACGGCGCAGCGCCCAGCACAACUUGCAUCUAAGCACUGGUCUUGGAGUUGGCUUCGUCAACAGACACAGAAGCUGCCUGUACUGCCGGCCCACUCGCGCCUGCUGGGAUACACGCCUCUUGCUGUAACCGACGCGGACCUACAAGAGGCCCCUGCAGACGGCCCGUCCACCAUGAUCUUUCAACGCUUGGUCGAGAAGCUGGCCGUCGAUGCCGAACCAGGCCUGACCACGGCCCAGCUGAUGCUCACGAAUAAAGACUUGAAGCCAGUCGAGCCAGAGCGGCGCCAAUGGGGAUCCUGGAAUUUUGUCGCGUUUUGGAUCAGCGAUGCCUUCAACAUCAACACUUGGAUGAUAUCAUCGUCCAUGGUCGUCUCCGGCCUUUCGUGGUGGCAGUCAUGGAUCUGCGUCUGGGUUGGCUACCUCAUCGCCGGCGCCUUUGUCUGUGUGACUGGUCGCAUUGGCGCCACCUACCACAUUGGCUUCCCGGUCGUCAAUCGCGCAUCCUUUGGCAUCUGGGGCAGCUUCUGGCCGGUGUUCAACCGUGCUGCCAUGGCUUGCAUCUGGUAUGGUGUGCAGUCAUAUAUCGGCGGAAAAUGCGUCUACUUGAUGAUCCGAGCCAUCUGGAAGAGUUGGGACCGUAAUACCAUUCCCAACACCUUCUCGGUGGAUUCGGGCACCACCACGGCAGACUACGCCUCCUUUUUCAUCUUCUGGCUGGCCUCGUUGCCGGCUAUCUGGUUCCCCGUCCACAAGAUCCGCCAUUUGUUCACCGUCAAGGCCAUCUUUGUGCCAUGUGCCGGCAUUUCCUUCUUCAUCUGGGCUCUCGUCCGGGCUGGUGGUGCCGGCCCCGUCAUCCACCAGAAGACCAGCCUCUCGGGAUCCACGCUCGGCUGGACCAUGGUCACCGGCAUCAUGAAUUGCAUCGCCAACUUUGCCACCCUCAUCCUUCUGACCAUUCCCUUCAGCUUCGCGCUCACUAGCUUCAUCGGCAUAUUCGUCAGCUCUGCUUCUGUCGUCAUUUACGGCGGCGAGCCGAUCUGGGACCCGCUCGAUCUGCUGGAGAAUUUUAUCGACGACGGCCACUCCGGCCAGCGGUUCGGCGUUUUCAUCAUCGCGCUGGCCUUUGCCCUAGCCCAGCUGGGCACCAACAUUGCCGCGAACUCCGUCUCGGCCGGAACGGACCUGACGGCCCUCAUGCCGCGCUUCAUCAACAUUCGGCGCGGCGGCUACAUCUGCGCGCUCGUCGGCCUGGCCAUGUGCCCCUACAACUUGCUCAAGUCGAGCAACCAGUUCACGACGUACCUAUCGGCUUACUCGGUAUUUUUGUCGUCCAUUGCCGGCGUCAUGGCGUCCGACUAUUACGCCGUACGUCGUGGCUACCUCGAGGUUCGCGAGCUCUACGACGCCCGCAAAGAUGGCCCGUACUUUCACACCGUCGGCAUCCACUGGCGCGCAUACGUGGCGUACAUUGCGGGCAUCUUGAUUAAUGUGGUCGGCUUCGCCGGCGCCAUCGGCCGCAAAGUGCCUGCCGGUGCCAUGUACAUCUACCAUCUCAAUUUCUUCUGCGGCUUCCUGGUCGCCUUUGGCAUCUACUGGCUGCUCUGCUACAUCAAGCCUAUUCCAGCCUGUAGCCCAGACGGCCGGUGGAUGGAGGUGGGUGAUGCAGUCAGUGAAGACUACAAUGACAACGAUGCUUCCGGCUACCUGGACGAGGAACACGGACAACCAGACGGUAACAAAAGGACUUCACGUAAGCGCAUUGUGCAGUUUUGA